AUGGAGCAGAAUAUCUCCACAGUCCGAGAUGGGAGGCAUCUGCUGCCAGAGCGGGACUCCUCCAAGCGCGUCUUAACGGGAUGUUUCCUCUUCCUCCUUAUAUUCACCACGUUGCUAGGCAACACAUUGGUGUGUGCUGCCGUCACCAAGUUUCGUCACUUGAGGUCAAAGGUCACAAACUUUUUUGUCAUCUCGUUGGCCAUCUCCGACCUUCUGGUGGCCAUCUUGGUUAUGCCGUGGAAGGCAGCGACAGAGAUCGUAGGGUUUUGGCCAUUUGGAGCAUUUUGUAAUGUGUGGGUGGCGUUUGACAUCAUGUGCUCCACAGCCUCCAUCCUGAACCUGUGCGUAAUCAGUGUGGACAGGUACUGGGCCAUUUCCAGCCCUUUUCGCUACGAACGUAAGAUGACGCCCAGAGUGGCGUGUCUGAUGAUCAGUGUGGCGUGGACUUUGUCUGUCCUCAUUUCUUUCAUUCCUGUCCAGCUGAAUUGGCACAAAGCUCAAACCACCAGCUACUUGGAUCUGAACGGAUCUUACCCCAGUGAACUGCCCCCUGACAACUGCGACUCCAGCCUUAACAGGACGUAUGCCAUCUCCUCUUCUCUCAUAAGCUUCUACAUCCCUGUGGCCAUCAUGAUCGUCACCUACACCCGGAUCUACCGGAUUGCUCAGAAACAGAUCCGCAGAAUAUCUGCUCUGGAGCGGGCCGCAGAGAGUGCCAAGAACCGCCACAGCAGCAUGGGCAACAGCUCCAGCAUAGAGAGUGAGAGCUCCUUCAAAAUGUCCUUCAAGAGAGAAACCAAAGUGCUGAAGACACUGUCUGUGAUCAUGGGUGUGUUUGUGUGCUGCUGGCUGCCCUUCUUCAUCCUAAACUGCAUGGUGCCGUUCUGUGAGGUCAGCCUCCCAGACGGCUCCACCGAGUUCCCCUGUGUCAGCUCCACCACCUUUGAUGUGUUUGUGUGGUUUGGCUGGGCCAACUCCUCCCUCAACCCCAUCAUCUAUGCCUUCAACGCAGAUUUCCGAAAGGCCUUCUCCAUUCUCCUGGGCUGCCACCGCCUGUGUCCUGGGAGCAACGCCAUUGAGAUUGUCAGCAUCAACAACAACAUGGGUGCCCCUCCUUCCAACCCAAACUGCCAGUAUCAGCCCAAGAGCCACAUUCCCAAAGAAGGCAACAACUCAGCCAGCUAUGUCAUUCCUCACAGCAUCCUGUGUCAGGACGAGGAGCUGCAGAAGAAGGAUGGCAGCGCUGGGGAGGUGGAGGUGAUGGGGACCAAUGCCCUGGAGAAACUUUCGCCUGCUCUCUCCGCUACUUUGGACAGCGACACAGAGGUCACGCUGGAAAAGAUCAACCCAAUCACUCAAAACGGACAGCACAAAACCAUGUCGUGUGGAGAUUAA